AUGGCCCAUCAGCGUGACGGUCAAAGGGAACCCUCAAAACAUGUUAGGACGACCUCGACCUCAACGUCAGUUGAAUGUGUCUCUCCAGGAGCCAUCUCGAGACGGCGAGUGAGCUGGAGCCGCUCCCGAGCCGAUAUCCCGAUCCUACGGCCAGAUCCAACGCCGUAUUCCGUACGCAAUGCCAACAGAUACCUAGGUCCCGCAGUCAGCCAAGAGAUUCCCUAUCGAGGUAGCUUGAAUCAGCAGCAAGAAGAGCUGGAUCAUAGGCUAUCAGACGUCUCCUUGGGGCCCAACCUAUCGUUUUACGACAUCUUCGGCCAUGAUCGGACGGAAAGCAGGGUCAGCGGACUUUCUCAGCCGGUAGCGAGCUCUUCACGGGUACACUUGGUGUCGACAGAAAAUGCUCGACAGCCAGGCAAGGAUAGUUUUGGCAGAAAAGGAAGUCUUGAUGAACAGAAUCCGGAAAAUGGAUUGACAGACCCGAGCUACGGCGAUGACAUUCCAAUGAAGAAGGUCGGUCGUGCCAGCAGCUCCGAUGAAGAGGAGAGUUACGAACGGGUAGACGAGCUAUCGUAUGCAUCAGCGGGAAAAUCUGACCGAAGAAGGACGCAUAAACCGUACGAGAAAGGUGCCAAUCGACAUGAAUCCAUACUACGAGUCGUCGACUCGGUUGUCCGGAGAAGCAGCACGUUGAGGUCAGCAGCAGGUCUGCUUCAAAGGGUCAGCCGGCGAGUAGCUCCUGUCAGACCGAACGAUAGUGAUGACGAAUCGUUACGUCCACUGAGAUUCGCCGACAACCUGGAUGUUGACCCGAACAGUCCCGAUCGACUUUUCGAGGACCCCUCUUCGGAUAGCGAAGCCGCAGUUUCUGGAUCCCAAUCUCGCCCGCUAAGCCCUGAUAGAACGCCCGCAAGAGCUGGUCGUGCGGAUGGUUUAAUUAGAACUCCGUCGGCAGGUCUCUCGAUGCAGACGUUACCCAGCUCAAACCCGCCAGGUGUCAAGUCGGAAUUACCAUUAAAGGGAAAGUCUUUGGGCGUAUUCGGCCCCAAAAACAAGCUGAGAGUGGCGCUUUACCAAGCUUUGAGACGACCUUAUACCGAGUUUAUCAUCUUACUGCUUAUUAUCUUUCAUGCUGCCGUUCUGAUCUCACAAUCGGCUCCUCGAAUACACGGACCACGAGACACCUCUGGUUACUUCUAUACCUGGGAGGACUCGGGGUUGCUCGUCAUCUUCAUUCUUUACACGUUCGAAGCCUUGGCUCGUAUGAUCGUGACGGGUUUUGUAUUCGACCAGCAGAUCACGCUGACUGCGGUUCCGGGCAUCAUCGAACCCAGGAAGGUGUCCCAGCCAAAGGUCCUACUCGAGCGCCUCCUGUCAGGCCGGAGAAACGCGCAUCAACCUCAUGGCGCCGGGGAUUAUCGCGUACGGCGAGCACUAUCCGCGAUUCGCCCCAGUGCUGUUGUAAAGCAACAAUUUAGGGCUCAACAGCAAUGGAGAAGCGAAAACAUUGAACGCGAGCAGGAGACUUUACGAUCCCUAGGCAACGGUCGACCCGGUCCGUCCAAGCCCGCUACCAAGGCGAAGCUUUUCGAUGAGCUGCCGUUCGAAGCAGCUCUCAAGCGGCAGGUAGGCAUGGUCGUCAGCGGCCGCCCUUAUUUGAGGCAUUCUUGGCAUCGGAUCGACUUGUUGUCUAUCAUAUGCUUCUGGAUAGCAUUCUCCCUUGCAUACACGGGCAAGGAAGCGACGGACGAUCGUCACCUCUUUAUUUUCAGAGGCAUCGCUACUAUUCGAACAGCCCGUCUAUUACUCAUUACGCAAGGCACAGCUACCGUCUUACAUUCGCUCAAAGUAGCUGGUAAGCUAUUGCUACAAGUAUCCUUCUUCAUCGGAUUUGUUGCCCUCCUUCUCGCUAUCGCUGGGGUCCAGAGCUUUUCUGGCUCUUUCAAUCGAUCUUGUCAGAUGUACGAUUCACACUCGAACUCAAUCAUCGACUUGUCCAAGCAAUGUGGCGGUCACAUCGAUUCAAAUACUCUGGCACCCGUUGCCUGGGCGCUGACUUCGGGAGAUAAUCGUUACGAACCGAAGGGGUACAUUUGCCCGAUAGGUCAAGUUUGUCGGGUUGUAAAUGGGAACCCCGAAAACUUGGGAACUUUCGACAACGUCUUUCAAGCCCUAUUACAGAUCACCAUCAUUGCCUCGGCCAACAAAUGGAGUCCAAUCAUGUAUCAACAAAUGGAUUCGGAUUAUUACUCUAGUGGAAUCUUCGUGCUGGUUGCUCUAAUCCUGCUCAACUUCUGGCUCGUAUCCUUGUUGAUCGCUGCUGUCGUCAAGGCAUUCCAGUCGAUUCGAAGUGCCAACGGCAAGAGCGGUUUCGGAGGACACUCAAAGACCUCCCAGGUCAAGCCGCAAGCAUCGGGGCCAUCGGAACGUACCAAAUGGAUCAAGUGGUUCAACAGAAGCGAGCCAUUUUGGCUGCUCCUGAUUUUUGGGAGUAUUCUGGUACAAGCGCAAAAAGACACCACGCAAUCGCGAAAGGUUAUCACUGUGCUCGAUAACGUCGAGCGAGGGAUCACCAUCAUGCUGGACCUGGAGAUCAUCUUCCGCGUGCUCGCGUAUGGGCGUAGAUGGUCUUGCUUUUUCGAGAGCGGAAGAAACUCUUUCGACGCCUUCUUGGCUGCUGUCACGACAGUUUUGAUCGUCCCUUAUAUCCAGGAAACUAGCGUCUAUCCCUGGCUCACGAUCUUUCUGCUCAUGAGAUGGUAUCGAAUCAUCUUGGCGAUUCCUCCCUUAAGGCCGCUAAUCGGGAACGUCUUUCGUCAUUUCGCCGAGAUUACAAACACGGUUCUCUUUCUGCUGCUGAUGACGGGGUCAGCUUCUCUAGUGGGCGCCCAGAUGCUCAGAGGAGAUAUCGACCCGGAGUCGACACAGUUGCCAUUCGAUACCAUCCUUUCCUCCUUCUACGCCAUGUAUCAGAUAAUGCUGCUAGAGGAUUGGGUCACGGUCUUAGGUGAUGCGAUCACUGCUGGACGAGACUACAAGCAAACUGUAGUACUAUGCAUUCUGAUCAUCGGGUGGGCUCUGCUGUCCUCCAAUAUCAUCUUGCAACUGCUCGUUGCAGUCAUCAACGAAGCUUUCGACUUGUCUGAGCAGGAAAAGAUCGAGCUGCAAAAACAACGAGUCGCAAACCGCAAGAACCAGCCUUUGGUAUUGCACCAGACGUGGUUUGAGAGAUGGAACCCCUAUAGACUACAGGCCCCUCAGCCACGGCGUACAUCAAACUCUGACAACGUCAACUUUGACACUGUCUUUGAAGGCCCAACGACCCUUCGAGAAGACUGGUCCAAGUUUGUCAAGUUCACCACGAAGCUGCUCAGAUUUCCCAAUACCGGUCGAGUGGGUGACCCAAGUGUGAGCGGAGCCAGCCGUUCAAAGCAAGACGCCGGCCUCAAACGCUUGCUUCGGCAGGAUCCGGAUCUCUCAGUAGACAUCGCAGAAGAAUCCUUGAAGGUCCGGCGCAAGAUCCAAGCGGAAUUCAUUCUUGAUCAUCCCGGCUAUGACGUGUCGCUGUUUAUCUUUCCUCAGGGAUCAGGGAUCAGGACGUUUUGUCAAGCAUGCGUUCCUUGUCUAUAUGAGCGACGGCUUUUUGGACGUCAACCUGGCCGGCAGAGAUACAUACUCCAAGCGAUCGUUUUCGCGGCGAUUAUCGUCUCGAUCGCCGUUUCCGCCAUCACGACACCUGCCUAUCGCCAGCAGUAUUACAGCGAGAACGGUCUCGUAAGGUCGUCCUGGUUCAUGAUUACUCAGGGAAUCAUAGGGCUCGUGUUUCUGGUGGAAGUCUGCUUGAAAGCUAUUGCCGAUGGAUGGUUCUUCACGCCCAACGGCUAUCUGAGAUCGUUCUGGAACGUCUUCGACUUCCUCAUCAUCACGAGCUUCUUGGCCGUAUUCAUUCAGGAACUCAUUGUGUUUGCGGGCAUGGGCCGCGCCGCACGGGCUCUGACUGCGCUACGGGCCUUGCGUCUGAUCAGCUCGUCACGCCACAUGAGGGACGCGUUUCGCAAAGUCCUGUAUGGAAGUGCGCUUGGUCUCUUGGCCGCAUCCACCAUCAUGGGUCUGUAUCUCGUCCCCUUUGCGAUCUGGGGUCGCAAUCUCUUCUCUGGUCGGCUAUACUCGUGCAACGAUUCCACUGCAAGCGGAAAAGCGGAUUGCUACGGCGAAUUUAUUAGCAUGCCGGUUGACGAAUCGUUGGCCUUUCUCGCGCCUAGAAUCUGGACGAACCCCAAUCCAGCAGGAUCGGAGUGGAGCUUUGACGAUUUUCGCUCCUCCCUCCUGAUCCUGUUUGAGUCGGUAUCACUGGAAGGAUGGACUGACGUAUUAGCGUCGUUGAUGAACAUCAACUCGGGAAAGGAUCUACAGCCAAGACUCAAUAAUCAACCUCUCAACGGCUUAUUCCUGGUCCUGUUCAUCCUGUUCGGGUCCAUCUUGAUAGGUAGCUCCUUUAUCAGUAUCCUAAUCACCGCAUAUUCGAGAAACAACGGUACGGCUUAUCUCACCCAAGCCCAAGAAGACUAUCGGGCCUUGCGAAACUUUCUCGAAAUGCAAACGCCUACCGUACGACCUGGUCGCCGAACAGGAUUUAGAGCUUGGUGCUUGGAGCGAGCGAUCAAGAAGCAUGGCUGUUUACAAGACAAUCGCGAUCGAAUCAUUUCUUCUGAAGUAUCCAACUGGUUGUUCUUCCUCAUCGGCUCCCUGUUGUUGAUGGAUGUACUUGUACGCCUCUACGGUUUGGGACUACCGGUCUUUUUCAAAAGCCGCGCUUCGAUCUUCGAUGCGAUCGUGCUUGUAGGUAUGCAAGCCACGACUAUUCCACUCAUAGUGAAGAAUAAUAGCCCUUGGGAGGUCAGCUGGGCAAACUUCCAGCUGCAAAAGCUUUUUCUCUCAUUGCUCUGUCUCAAACUGAUUCAACGCAAUGAUGGGCUUAGCUUACUAUUUCGCACCUCCAUCGCAAGUCUGGCUGCCAUUGGCAAGAUCCUGUGUCUGUGGGCUAUCCUAUUCGCCACAUUUGCGUUGGCAUACGUACAGGCUUUCGGCAACACCAAACUUGGGAAUAACGCUACCAGCCGAUACAGCAACCAUCGCAGCUGGGGGAAUUCUUUGCUGUCUCUAGCCACAGCAUCGACAGGGGAGGCAUGGAACGCUAAUAUGCACGAUUACAUGGUAGAAUACCCACGCUGCGUAGAUAACGACUCGUAUCUCAUCAGCGACUGUGGUCACGAGACAUGGGCACUCGGGCUGUUCAGCAGUUGGAACCUGAUCUCUAUGUAUCUGAUGUUAAACGUGUUCAUUGCCGUUGUGGUGGAGUCCUUCGGUGUGGUCUGGGGCUCUAAAAGGGUGACUCGGGCUGUCAUGCGAGAAGUAAAAGAGAUCUGGGCACGAUUGGACCCUCAUAGCACUGGCUUUAUCGAGCGCGCUCUGAUUCCAACGUUCCUUCAGGCUUUGCCGAAGCCAUUCGACAUCGGUUCGCAUAAUAGCGAUCAUCAAUUGCAUCAUCUACUGGAAGCAGCAAAGCCCGAUGCAAGAUCGCCGCCUGAUGCUCGGGUUAUCGCAGGCGCCAAAACGGUCAUUGACAUUGGUAAACUUCAGACGGCUUUGGCGGACCUAGAUGUCGCCGAGACGCGCUCGAGGAGAGCGAUCUGGAGUCAGGUACUGCACGAAGCCAACAUGUCUGCCGUCGAUCCCCGCGGACUUGCAUUCACAGAUGGCCUGCUGAUAUUGGCCCGGCGCAAGAUUAUCAAGAUGGCGGAUGCCUUCGAGUAG